CAUGAAAAUCACCCAAAAGAUCCAGCAGGCCACCAAGAACGACAAAGUAUGGUGGUCGUUCGAGUACUUUCCUCCCCGGACUGCUCAGGGAUUACAAAAUCUUUUAGAUCGCAUAGAGCGCAUGAGGGCACUUGGUCCAGAAUUUAUAGACAUCACAUGGAACGCUGGCGGUAGAACGUCCGACUUGACUUCAGAGAUGGUCAAGACAUGUCAGGGAUUGAUUGGGAUUGAGACAUGCAUGCACCUCACAUGUACCAACAUGCCGAAGGAGAAGGUCGACAUUGCUCUUCGGGAUGCGAAACAACAUGGAUGCAGAAACGUGUUAGCUCUCCGAGGUGAUCCCCCGAUGGGCAAGGACGAGUGGGAGGCAGUCGACGGCGGCUUCGUGCACGGGAUCGAUCUCGUGAAGCACAUUCGACACGAGUACGGCGACUACUUCGACAUUGCCGUCGCAGGCUUUCCUCAGCACAUGUUGCUGCCCGAAGAAGACCUCAAGAACGAGAUUCGGUGGCUGAAGGAGAAGAUAGACGCCGGGGUCAGCUUCAUCUUCACGCAGAUGUUCUACGACGUCGACCUCUUCAUCAGCUGGGUGAGGGCUAUCCGAGCUGCGGGCAUCACGAUCCCAGUUGUACCCGGCAUUGCCCCGAUCCAGACGUGGAACGGCUUCCAGCGUGCUACCAGCCUUGCGCAAAUCGCCAUCCCGCAAAUUUUCCUCGACGCUCUUGAGCCUGUGAAGAACGACGACGAGAAAGUGCGAGAGAUCGGCACGAGGCUCGUCGCGGAUAUGUGCAGGAGGAUCUUGAAGGAGGACAUUGGUGUACGGGGUCUGCACUUCUACACCAUGAACCUUGAGAAGGGCACCAAGAUGCUUCUCGAAGAGUUGAAUCUCGUGCCCAGAAUCGAGACCAUCAAGCCCCUGCCCUGGAGACAAUGCCUUACGCCUACCAGACGGCAGGAGACGAUCCGACCCAUCUUUUGGGCUAACAGGACAAAGUCCUACAUUUCUCGAACUGAGAAUUGGGAUGAAUACCCCAACGGACGUUUCGGAGACUCGCGCAGUCCUGCGUACGGUGAACUUGACGGUUAUGGUGUCUGGAUCAAGCAGACGAAAGAGAAUGCCCUCAAGCUCUGGGGUCAUCCAACAACAUUUGCCGACAUUACAUCACUCUUCUCUCGUUUCUGUACCUCUGAACUAUCAGCUCUGCCGUGGUCAGACCAAGCUCCUUCAGUUGAGACCUCCGUCAUCGCCAAGCACCUCGCCAAAAUCAACGAACUCGGAUUCCUGACCAUCAACUCUCAGCCCGCCGUCAACGGCGCAAGGAGCGACGACAAAGUCUUUGGCUGGGGCCCAAGCAAUGGUUAUGUCUACCAAAAGGCAUACCUCGAGUUCUUUGUGAACCCAACCCUACUCGGGCUCCUCCUGACGCAUAUCGAACGCGACAGCAACAUCACUUACUACGUGAUUAACAAGCGUGGCGAUCUGAGGACAAACACGCACUCUGACGGCCCCAACGCUGUGACAUGGGGUGUCUUCCCUGGCAAGGAGAUCGUCCAACCGACCAUUGUUGAGGCUGUUAGCUUCAUGGCCUGGAAGGACGAGGCCUAUGAACUGGGCGCACAGUGGGCUAAGCUCUACGAACACGAUUCUCCUUCCCAUAAACUCAUUGCUGACCUGAUGGAAACCUCAUUCCUUGUGAACGUUGUCCACAACGAUUUCCAUGGCUCCGAUGCUAUCUUCCAGCCUUUCUACAAGGCAGGAGCCGAAUACCUGGCCCAACAAUCUGCUCCUGCUGUUAACGGUCACUACUA